CUGGCUUCUCUGCCCCACAGGCACACACCUUUGUAUUACCUGUGCUACUACUCCUAGAGGGUUUUUUGAUCAACCCGUCGGAACUUGUUGGGGGAAAAAUAACUUAUGAGCUGCUGAAGUGACUGAAUCGUCGAAGAGGACUGUUUAUUUAUUCCUACACCUGUGACUACAAAGUGAAAGUAAAUGUACGACUUCGAUUGCGCAGCAUAGCUGUGAUUUUUCUACCUUUCUCCAAUGGGUCUGCCGUAUUUCCUGGCUUAUUUCAGCUUUACCUUCUUCCUUGUUGCUGGACAGACUCCAAAAUAUGUCCUGAAGGGGAAGGGGGACCACUUGAAGCCAGACAUUCCUGGACAGCCCAACUCGAUUCUCUGGAAACACAACGGCAACAAAAUAGUAGAGUUUGAUGGCAGUGAGGAACAGGUGUAUGACCCAUAUAGAAAUAGGAUCACUCUUAACUGGAUCACAGCAGAGCUUGAAAUCACCGACCUCAGAUAUGAAGACAGUGGAGACUAUGAACUGGAAGUAGACAUUAACAACAAAGUAUAUAGUUCAGAAUCUAAACUGGAGGUCAUAGACAAGGUUGCCACACCAACCAUAUCCUGUAAAUUAAACGAAGGCAGCAGCACCGAUGGUUCUGAAGUCAAAGCGACGCUGCUGUGCUCUGCAGAGCCCAGACAACCUGAGUCCUUGAUGAAGUUUGAGUGGAGAUCACAGGGAAAAUUACACCCAGGAAGCAAAUUACCAAUAUCUCUGGGAGAUACACAAAUUGAUGAAGACUAUAUCUGCACAGUGAGCAACCCUGUGAGCAGUGAGAAAGCUACAUUCAGAGCAAAGGACUGCUAUCACGAAAAUAAUUUCUCUGUAGCUCUGGGAGUCGGUCUCUUUCUUGCUGUAUUAUUAUUAGGUGCAUUGGUGGGCACCGUUCUGUUCUUCAAAUGGAAACAAAAAGCAUGUUUUGCAAAAGGACAGCAGGAUGAUGUCGAAAAUCAGUCACCAGCCAAAGAGCCCACUGGUGAAAACCGUCCUCUUCUGAGAAAAAAACCCAACAGAGCUGAAACACUUGCAAGUCAUCAGCCACUUGGCCAUUUGCCACAAAAUCAUGAAACAAGCCCUGAUAAGUUGACUGCUGGUCAAAAAGAAGCUGAUGUUGGUGGGGUGAUAUCAAAAGGGUCAGUCAAAAAGAUGGCAAGAGGUUUUGACAAUCUGGCAGCCAAAAAUGGACAGACUCCACCAGAGAAAAGCCAAGAUUCAGAAAGUACUAAAGGCGAACACAUUGAAGCUGAGCCAUCUCUCCAACAGAAUCAGUGUCUUCAUACUAGUGACAGUGAAGGUGAUCAAGAAGAAGACCAGGCCAAAGAAUCUACAGAAGCAGAGGUCCAACCUUCUGACCUCUCAGGGUCUGAAACCGAAAAUCAACUGAACCUAGCUGGUGGCAAAGAACAUGAGAACACAGCAUCUGAUCAAAUACCCAUGCCUGAACAGCCAGAAGCUGAUGUUAGUAGGAAGAAGGAAGGUCAUGGCAAGGAGGAACUCAAUAGCGAACAAGCUACACCAGAAAAAAGCCAAGAUUUGAAAGGUAAUGCUGGUGAGCAGGACACUGUAACUCCUCUUUCCUCUCCACCUGGCAAGACGACCUCCUCCAAGGAUCAAUCAAACACAGAGGAGGAAAACAGACCAAACCAAACUGACUUACCUGAGGAAAUACCUGAGCUUGAACAGCCUGAUGUGAUAUCUACUGCUCAACAACAAGAUCCAGAAAGUACUAAAGGUGGACACAAAGACGCUGAGUCAUCACACCAACAUAAUCAGAGUCGUCAUACUAGCGACAGUGAAGGUGAUCAAGAAGAGCAGGCCAAUAAUUCUACAGAAGCAAAGACACAACCUUCUGUCCUCUCAGGGUCUGAGCAAGGAAAUCCACAAAACCCAGCUGGUGGCACAGGUUCUGAGGACACAGCACCUGAUCAAAUACCCACUCCUGAACAGCCAGAAGCUGAUGUUAGUAGGAAGAAGGAAGGUCAUGGCAAGGAGGAACUCAAUAGCGAACAAGCUACACCAGAAAAAAGCCAAGAUUUGAAAGGUAAUGCUGGUGAGCAGGACACUGUAACUCCUCUUUCCUCUCCACCUGGCAAGACGACCUCCUCCAAGGAUCAAUCAAACACAGAGGAGGAAAACAGACCAAACCAAACUGACUUACCUGAGGAAAUACCUGAGCUUGCACAGCCUGAUGUGAUAUCUACUGCUCAACAACAAGAUCCAGAAAGUACUAAAGGUGGACACAAAGACGCUGAGUCAUCACACCAACAUAAUCAGAGUCGUCAUACUAGCGACAGUGAAGGUGAUCAAGAAGAGCAGGCCAAUAAUUCUACAGAAGCAAAGACACAACCUUCUGUCCUCUCAGGGUCUGAGCAAGGAAAUCCACAAAACCCAGCUGGUGGCACAGGUUCUGAGGACACAGCACCUGAUCAAAUACCCACUCCUGAACAGCCAGAAGCUGAUGUUAGUAGGAAGAGGGAAGGUCAUGGCAAGGAGGAACUCAAUAGCGAACAAGCUACACCAGAAAAAAGCCAAGAUUUGAAAGGUAAUGCUGGUGAGCAGGACACUGUAACUCCUCUUUCCUCUCCACCUGGCAAGACGACCUCUCCAACGAUCAAUCAAACACAGAGGAGGAAAACAGACCAAACCAAACUGACUUACCUGAGGAAAUACCUGAGCUUGCACAGCCUGAUGUGA